AUGGUAUGGGUGAUACCUAAAUACUCACGUGGCCCCUUUCCUUUGUACCCUUCCAGGCUCUGCUUUCUCCUCGGAGGCCAAGCCAAAGCAGAGCUGCCCGGGAUGAAGGUCCUCCUUCUGCUCCUUCUCUCUCCCCUCCAAGGGGUGGGAGCCAGCAGCCUCCGGGAAGAGGACUUCCGCUUCUGCGGUGACCGAAAUCAGACCCAGAACAGCUCUGUCAUCUACGAGCACGGCCCUGCCACCAUCUCCAUCGAGAACACAGCCCAGGCGCUGAUAAUAAAAAAGCCCUUUUUGCCAAACAGGAGAAACUCUUACUACAAGUACCACUUGCCCCCCACUUUGGGCAGGUACCGCUUCUGCGUCUACUGGUUCAAGGCCAACAGGACCCUGAGGCUGGCGUAUGGGAAGCAGAGCUUCCUCCUGGGUGGGGACCCAUCCAGCAGCAUCACCCGGGGGAAGGAGAGUCAGAAGACUGAAAGAACCAGCACCUCCAUCUUCAACGUGUCCUACAUCUCAAAGGGUGGGAAGAACACCUCCCUUGACAGUGCAUCUGAAUACUUCUUCCCCGCCUCUCCAGAGAGCAUGCCCGUCUGGGAGCAAGAUGUGGAGGAGCAGCUCACCACCUUGGACAGCCUCAUCGCCCAGCCCCUGGCACUGGCCGCAGGAGCUACGGAGCAGCGGAUGCUUCGGCGCAAACUCGGGGAGCUGGAGAAGACGCUGGCCAAGGUGGAGCUCGAAGGGCAGAAUCAGACCUUUGGGAAGGCCACCGUGCACGCGACUGUCAUGAGGGUCCAGCCCACUCGGGCUCCUCGGCACCUGGCCUUUGCUUCCCAAAGAGAGGAGGGUGGAGAGGUCCAUGGGUUCGCGGUGGACCUGCCGAGCAGUCUGUUCAUGACGGUGAAGGAGAGGGAGGAGGUGGUGGAGCACAGGGUGCUGCUCAUGGACAUCAACAGCCAGACCAUGUUCCAGGAUGAAAACAGCAGCCACAUCCUGGGUGACAGGGUGAUCGGCAUCUCCCUGGUGGACACGGUGGUGGCCAACCUCUCCGAACCAGUGGUCCUCACUUUCUUCCAUGACCAGCUGCUGAGGAACGUGACCCCGCUGUGCGUCUUCUGGCGGGAGGACACCACCGGUGACUCUGGGAGCUGGGACAGCUACGGUUGUACGACAGCGACAGGGAGCAGCCAGACGGACUGCAGAUGCAACCACCUCACCUACUUUGCCGUGUUGAUGGUAUCCUCCCCGGAGAUUGCCUACAUACACAGGGAUUACCUGAGUAUCAUAACCUACAUCGGCUGCCUGAUCUCAGCUUUGGCAUCCAUUUGCACCAUCUUCUUCCUCUACUUCAGAAGCAAACAGCGAGACCAGAUCACGAGCAUGCACAUCCACAUGAACCUGCUGGGCGCCAUCUUCCUCCUGGACGUCACCUUCCUCAUCUCCGAGCACUUGGCUUCCAGCAGCAGCGAGGCAGUCUGCAGAGCUGGGGGGCUGUUCCUGCACUUCUCCCUCCUGAGCUGCCUCACCUGGAUGGGCAUUGAGGGCUACAACCUCUACCGGCUUGUGAUCGAAGUCUUCAACGCCUACCAUGACCACUUCCUCCUCAAGCUCUGCCUGGUGGGCUGGGGGCUCCCCUUCUUCUGCGUGACGCUGAUCUUCCUGGCUAGCUGGACGAACUACGGUCCCUCCUCCAUUUCUGUCUAUGAAACCGUUGGUGGCAGAUCCACCAACGCAACCAUAUGCUGGAUCACGAGCCCCCUGAUCCAUAACAUCGUGAACCUGGGUUUCUUCAGCCUGGUGUUCCUCUUUAAUUCGGUCAUGCUGGGGGCCAUGGUCCGGGAGAUCCUCCGGCAGAACAAGAAAGGCCACAAGCUCAAGCACGUCCUCGCCCUCUUUGGGCUGAGCAUCCUGCUGGGCAUCCCCUGGGCGCUGGUCUUCUUCUCCUUCACCUCUGGCGUCUUACGCCUCGUCUCCCUCUACAUCUUCACCAUCGUCAACUCCCUCCAAGGUUUCCUCAUCUUCCUCUGGUACUGGACCAUGGUGCUGCAGGCAAGAAAGUCCCCUGACUCACAGAGCAGCUCAGACAAUGUCAAACUGCAGCCCAACAGCAGCCAGAGCCACCUGGCUGGGGCAGGAGGUCACUUGCCAACCCACAGGAAAGCGCAAGGGGUUCGUGGAAGGGAAAUGAGGACACGGCCAUUUCCUCAGGAGCAGCUGCAAGCCCCAGGGGAUCCCGAGGAGGAGCAGAGCCGCCGGGACGAGGGGAACAGAGCGUCCAACAUGAACCUGCUCCUGGGCACCGUCCUGCUGCUCCUGGUGCUGCCCGGUGAGUUGCCACGGCGCCCAGCGGUCACCCUGCUCCCCUCCUCCCCAGCCCUGAGGGGUGACAGUCACCACCACUGCUGCAACACGGUGAAGUCGGAGGAGCAAGGCGACGGGACCCCCAGCCCUGACUUGCCCCGGCGCUGCCCAGAGCUGGGGCGCUCCGGCAGCCCCUCUUGCACCUGCCUGCGGGACCGCUGGCUCAGGCUGCUGCAGUCGCCGGGGCCGGCGCUGAGCAACAGGCUGGCUGGGCUGAAGGUGCUGCUCCUGAACAUCAGCAGGGCUGUCACCCACGAUGUCCGCAUCACCUUUUCCCCCACGGAGGUCCCUAGGAUGCUGAACAUGACCGAGAAGGGGAAGGCAGGCAGAAUCCAGCUCCCCAGGGAGAUAUUCUGGUCCCUGAGCAGCUGGACAGCACGCGUCGUGGUGACGGUCCUCAACAUCCAGCAGCUUGGCAUGUUCAAUGAGGUCAACCAGACGGGGCAGGUCCUGGACGACACCGUGGUGGGCAUCACGGUGGGAGAGACGAGCAUCUCCGGGCUGCAGGACCCCGUGCGGCUCACCUUCGCCCACAGUCAGCUGCCCCAUGGCGUCACCUCGCAAUGCGUCUUCUGGGAUGCCAGCAAAGGGCAGGCAGGAGGCUGGAGCAGCAGUGGAUGUGUCACACAGCCUGGGGACAAGGGGACAGUCUGCUCCUGUGACCAUCUCACCUUCUUCACCCUCCUUCUGAACCCAGCUCUGGACAGGUCCAUGGCACAAGCCUUGAUAGCUGUUGCCACCGCUGGCUGCGGGGUAGCCACGGCUUUCUCCGUCUUCACCAUCGCCUUCUGCAUCUUCUUAAGGUGCAGGUUCAGGUCCGAAGAGACCCUCCGCAUCAACCUGGGGCUGCACGUGAACCUCGUGGGCAGCCUGCUCCUCCUCAACCUGGCCUUCCUGCUCAACAGCGCGCUCUCCGGUGGGACCCAGCCGGGUACCUGCAAGGUCCUGGGUGGGCUCACCCACUACUGCCUGCUCUGCUGCUUCACCUGGAUGGCACUGGAGGGCUGUCACCUCUACCUCCUCUUUGUCAAGGUCCUCGGCACCUACAUCCACCACUACCUGGCAAAGCUGUGCCUGGUCGGCUGGGGCUUCCCUGCUCUCGUGGUUGGGGUGGCAGGAGCCAUCGGCAGCUAUGGAGAAUACAGCAUCCAGACCGUGGACCACCAGGUCAUAGCCCACCUGUGCUGGAUCACUUCCAAACAUCUCCUGGUCCACUACAUCACCAACUGCGGCUACUUCGGCCUCAUCUUCCUCUUCAACAUGGCUGUCUUUGGGGUGGUGACCCAGAAGAGCUGCUGCCUGCAGGGCACGGGGGCGGUGCAGGGAGACCGCAAGGCCUGGAAGGUGGUCCUGGUGGCGGUGGGGCUCUUCUGCCUGCUGGGAGCCACCUGGGCCCUGGCGUUCCUCACCCACGGCACCUCCUCGGCGCCCGUGCUCUACCUCUUCACCAUCCUCAACUGUCUCCAAGGAAUCUUCAUAUUCAUCUGGCUGAUCGUCCUCUACUACCCGAAGACGAAGGAGACCGCUGGCUCCCUCUCCCACAUCAUCAGACACGACAAAACCACCGCAGUCUCCCAGGACUAG